AAAAAAUCAAAGAAAAAUGUCCGCCGAUUCUGUCAUUGCUAUUGCAUGGGAUGUCUUGAAGAGCUAUGUAGUUGUUCCCAUCAAGCGUCGAUUCAAUUAUGUGAUCUCCUCCAAGAGCUUCGCCGACUGUCUUCGGGAGGAAGUCCGGAAUCUGGAGAACGAGGCUCAGAGGGUCCGCAUUUUGGCAGAAGUGGCCAGAAACAAUCUUCGGAAUUUCUAUGAUGACUUCACGGAGUGGCAGCAAAAUGCUAACGAGGCCUUGGAAGAGGCGGGAGACCUGUUGGGCGACUUCGAAAAGGCGACCAAGACUUGCUGCUACGGGACUCUUCCCGACCCCAAAUGUCGCUAUCAGUUCAGCAGGAAGGCCGAGGGCAGGAUUGGGGUCAUUAAGCAACUCGCUCAAAAAUGCCGCGGAUUCAAGGAAUUGAACGACAUCUCCUUCAGCAAUCCUGCUCCGGGAGAUGUCACUGCUCCGAAUCCAGCCAGGAGAGAAGGCAAAGGUGUCGUCCAGUCGACCACCGCAACGGCCUCCGCUUCUUCUGCCUCGACGUCAAAUGAGCUUAGUGACGAUGGCCUCUUCAAAUCCAGAGCUGCGAUCAUAAGGGACAUCAUGGUCGCUCUUGCCGAUCACAGCAAUAGCGUGGUAGGGAUUCACGGGAUGGGCGGGCUCGGCAAGUCCACCCUUUUGGUCGAUGCGGAGAGGAGAAUAAGAGAAGAAAAGCAGUUCGAUCUGAUCGCUAAGGCUGAUGUGUCGCAAAAUCCUGACAUCAAGAUGAUUCAAGGAGUGAUUGCGCAUGCGUUGGGCCUGGACAUGAAGGGUUAUGAUUAUGAGAGCGUGCGAGCGGAUCGUCUGCGCGAGAGGUUGGGAAAUGAGAAAAAGAAGGUCCUCAUAAUACUGGACAACCUGUGGGAGGGGCUCGACUUGAAAUCAGUGGGCAUUCCUUGCGGACAUGACAACAAAGUCAUGGGAUGCAAGUUGUUGUUAACGUCGAGAGACCGAAAUGUUUUGCAAAGGGAAAUGGGCUGCGACAGGGACUUCUUCCUCAAUAGGCUGGAGGAGAAAGAGGCAAAAAUAUUGUUCGAGAGGAUAAUGGGAGAAAAAGUUCAUAAUGACGAGUUCAGACCCUUGGUGGAUGAAGCACUCCGCAAAUGUGCAGGUUUGCCUUUGCUAAUUGUCACAAUGGCGAAACAUUUCAAAGACGCUACUCCACCUGAAUGGAGGGAUGCCUUAAAUCAAAUUGGGCGGUCUACAAACAAAGGAAUAAGUGCAGUGAUAAAUACGUCGUUGCAAUUAAGUUAUGAUCAUUUAGCAAGCGAGGAAGCGAAAAGUUUGUUACAACUCUGUGUUGCUUAUGGCGUCUCUAAUCCCUCUGUUGAAAACUUGGUGAGGUACAGCUAUGGUUUGGGGAUAUUUCCAAAAGAGAGCAGCAUGAAAGAAGCCAGAGAUGGGUUGAGAACACUUAUCUGCACUCUUCAAGCCUCCUCCCUUCUGUUAGACAAUGGAGGCGCAUAUGGUUUCAAGAUACAUGACUUGGUUCGUGACUUUGUUGCCCAGUUUAUUUUAAGAGAUCGCCCUCUUCUCUUGUUGAAAGAUAAAGAUAUGUUGGCAACACAAUUGCAGAAGGAGAGGCUCAAAAGUUGUAUGGCGAUAUGCUUUCCCUAUAUUGACAUGAAGGAGCUUCCCGAAGAAUUAGAUUGCCCUGAAUUGCGCAUCUUUCUGCUUUUCACCAACAAUGAAUCUCUUGAGGUUCCAGAUUCUUAUUUCAACUCUAUGAAGAAACUUGCGGUCUUAAAUCUUACUAGAGUACGUCUCACUCGUUCGCCAACUCCAUUUCAGUUCUUGGAGAACUUACAUACACUGUGUUUUCAUAGUUGUUCGCUAGAGGAUGUGGCCAUUCUCGGUGAGCUAAAAGGGUUACAAAUUCUUAGCUUUGUGAACUCCAAAAUUCAGCGAUUGCCAAAAGAAAUUGGGCAACUGGUAGAGCUGAGGUUGUUAGACUUGAACUCUUGUCCAGAACUCCAGAUAAUUGAACCAGGUGUGCUUGGAAGCUUGAUCAAAUUGGAGGAGUUGUACAUGGAGAAUAGCUUUCAUCAAUGGAAUGCCGUGGAGCAAACUCCCCGAACUAAUGCCAGUUUGAUUGAGUUGAAUCACAUGAAGAAUCUCUGUACUUUGCAUGUUUCCAUUCCCGACCUGAGUGUGCUCCCAGGGGAUCUAAAUAUCGAGAAAUUAACUGAGUACAAAAUCCAAAUAGGUCAUCUUAUUGACUUCCAUCUUUGGCGCGGGUUAAGCAACUACAAAGGAUCAAGGACAUUGGAGCUCAAGUUGAAUCCAACAAACGAUAUUCUUCAUAAAGGAUGCAUACGAACUACUUUACACAUAAUUGACGAUUUGUGGUUGGAUGGGUUGAACGGAAUCGAGCAAAGCAUUUGCCAGUUAUCCCCAGAAGGUUUUCCACAAUUAAAGCGUUUACAUGUUCAGGAAAGUCCUUCCAUCCGUUACAUCCUCAAAUGGUCUUCCCUUCCCACUUUUAAGACCUUGGAGUUUUUAUUUCUACGGAAUCUCAUCAACUUGGAGAAGUUAUGCCACAACGAUAUCUCCUCCAAGUCCUUCAGUGCAUUAAAAGUCCUACGAGUUGAUAGCUGUGACAAGAUGGAACAUCUAUUUCCCCUUUCAUUACUAAGAGAACUUCCACAGCUAAAAGAGAUUGAAGUUGUUAGUUGCAAGGUAAUGAAGGGGAUUGUAAAAGAUGAUGAUUGUGGUCAAGUUGAGUUGCGUAAUUUGCACGUAUUGAAAUUGCGUGACUUGCCAAGUAUCAAGAACUUUGUUGUUGUCGGGACAGCUCCUUCGAGUAGUACAUCGGACGACCAAGUUGGCACUCAACUUGCAUUCUUCAAUAUGCAACAGGCAUUAGUGAGCAACUUUUAGGAAAAAUUACACGAAAUCCCCCAUGGAAGUUUUAGAGCGGUACACAUUUACUCUUGGACUUUCAACCUUCACAAAAAAUCCCUUGAGCCAUCAACCCUUCGUCAAUUUUUCCGUUUGCGAGUGCCCAUUAUGUGAUUUUUCAAGGGUAAAAUUGUAAUUUUUUCCAUUUUUUAGAUGACUCUUUUGCUGGGUUCAAAAGGAAAUUACUCUUUCGCCCCCAACUUGAGGCACUUGUUGAGAAACUAAUAAAGAAAAAUUUACAGUUUCCAAUCAAUUAAUCUUCUUCAUGUUAUGCAAAAUUUGUGCCUUGAAAACUGAAUUAUUCAGUUACGCGGUGCCCUAGGAGUUCUUGUUAACAUAAUAACUACUACUACGACUAUCAUCAUCAUAAUCAUUAUUUAAUUAUUAUUUCUUGUCAUCAUACUAUUUUUUAGAUCAUUACAUCUUUUCAAUUCUAGCAAAAGAAUAGUAUGAUGACAAAAAAAUAGCAAUCCUUCUUUUAUUUUCUAUUUUUUCGUUGAGUUUAAUUAGUUUCCUUUAAUAGAGCUGUUUAUCUUGUUUCGCAUUUUUUAUUGAAAAUGCCCCACUGCCCCUGGCAAAGUGGGUGUUGCUUGCCUUAGUAACUUGCGGUUUGAUUUAUCCAUGUUAUGUAAAUUAUUUUCUUCUUAAUUGAAUAAAAGCCCAAUUUGACUUUUUUUUCGUGAUUUCCCAUUUUCUAGUUACUUAAGCCCUCAUUUAAUUAUUUAGUUUUUUCUUAACUCUUCUUUUUUUAAAUUUUCUUUUCCAUUUAGAUAAAUUAUGGUACUUGGUGUUGAAGAUUA